GCCAUGAGGGAAGAACUCGGCCGGAGCUUCUCGGCGCCGGGGUCUCGACGCUGGCCUGUCCUGGCUCAGGGUGCCCCUGCGGCGGCUCCCCGGUCCUGCUUCCGUGGCCGGGGCCUGGCUGAGGCCGAGUGCGCGCGGCCCUCGCCCUCGAGCUGAAGCUAGGAAGUGAUGACGAUCUGUUCUAGAACCACCAACUCAGCAUCUUAAAGAACUGUUCCAGAACCACUAACCAGAAUCUCUUUUUCCUGGAAGCAGCCAAUGCUGCCUGAGGCGUGAACCCAACCUGAGGAAGCGCAUCUGAGAGAACCCUGUCUGUGUCUGCAUUAUCAACUUGAAUUCCUCUGGUUAUUCGGGGAUGGAGAAUCUUUGGCAGUGUUAAUGUAUUACCAUCUACUUAGGAGAUGGCUUCUUUGCAAAGGAAAGGGCCGCAGGCCAGGAUCCUCAGCUCUGAAGAAGAGGAGAAACUGAAAAGAGACCAAGCUUUAGUGUCUGAUUUUAAACAGCAAAAACUGGAAAAAGAGGCUCAGAAGAACUGGGACCUUUUUUACAAAAGAAAUAGUACUAAUUUCUUCAAGGAUAGACACUGGACCACCAGAGAGUUUGAGGAGCUCAGAGCAUGUAGAGAGUUUGAAGAUCAAAAACUGACUAUGCUUGAAGCUGGCUGCGGGGUUGGGAACUGUUUAUUUCCACUUUUAGAAGAAGAUCCGAAUAUCUUUGCCUAUGCCUGUGAUUUUUCUCCAAGGGCAGUUGAGUAUGUCAAGCAAAAUCCUUUAUAUGACGCUGAAAGAUGCAAGGUAUUUCAAUGUGAUCUAACUAAAGAUGACCUUCUGGAACAUGUGCCCCCAGAGUCUGUGGAUGUUGUCAUGUUGAUAUUUGUGCUCUCUGCUGUUCACCCUGAUAAGAUGCACCUUGUCUUACAAAACAUCUACAAGAAUAAGGACCUACUGGAAAUAGAUGAAAAAGAAAUAAAAGACAUCUGGAGGGGCAAUAUUAAAGCCAAGGAUGAGACUGGAGAUGAAACUCAGCCCUUUGAGUCUGCUUCUCUGAUUCAAGGAGAAGGACCCACCAGUAGGCACGGCCUGAAGACUACUUGUUUCUUCACAGCAGGCCCAUUGCUCAUGGUCAGUGCUGUAAAGGCCACCUCUCCAGAUCUUCACCACAUCUGCAAUAUUGCCGCUGCCCCCUUCUCUCUCACACCUCCUUCCAGGUCUCUGAUGAAAUGUAUGUUAUACUUUGAAAAUAUAUUUUCUAUAUUUAUUAUCUUCUGUAUUUUCUAUCUUUUUUGUCUCUUGGAAUGACACUCUGGAUAAUUUUUUCAGACCUAUCCUCCAGUUCUCUAAUUCUUUCUUCACUUAUAUUUUUUUUUGCUCUUAAA